AUGUCAAAACACCUUUUCAUAUUAACACUGACAUUUUUUCUUUAAAAUGGAAAUGUAGUAAAAAAUGUGCUCUUUAAAAUUAACAUUAGGUUUAGCGCUUUUUUUGUUUGUUUUUGYUUCGAAUUCYUUCUGUAAACAACUCGGACACUCAGCAGUUAAAACAACACAUGGACAGAAUGGUUCAAAAGCUGAAACUAAAGCUMCACAACARUUGGAAUCAGGCAGUCAUAAUAAGGACAGAAAGAAAACUACAACAGCCCAUGCAAAGGCAGUAAAUGACGCUCAUACAAAAGCCUCAGCACAGCAGAGAACAGAAAAAAGUACGCCAACAAAACUUCAUACGCAUCAGAAAUCUGGUAUUAAAACGAGGAGUGCAGAAAACAAAGAAAAGAAAUACUCGUUAUCGUUUUCUCCGAAUCCACAGAGUACGAAUGAUCAGCAACAGGACAAUAAUGGAUUCAGCCAGGAACAGUCCAAUCAACAACAAUAUUUUUCCUCGCCAUACGGCGAUCAAGGACCGGGUGSUGAUCAAUCAAAUCAGCAAGACGAUCAACAACAAGGAUAUUCAAUGCUAAACGGAGGGCAGAAUGAGCUGUCGAAAUUUCAAGGKGGAAAUGGUGAGGCGAAUGAGAAUGGUCAGAAYAUUGGGAUGUUACAGUCGUUAAUGGAACAAAGGGCUGCAAUGUAUGGCCAGGAAGAGGGAAACCAAGAUGGCGAGCAGAGAAGCUACAAUCAGCAACCACUUGCCUCUUACCAAGGACAAGAACAACAAAAUGAAGAACARCAAGGUCAACAACAAGAUGAGCAACAACGUCAACAGCAAGAUGAACAGCAAGGGCAACAACAAGAUGAACAACAAGGCCAACAGCAAGAUGAACAACAAGGACAGCAACAGGAAGAACAGCCGRGUCAGCCACAAGAAGACACGCAACAAUACCAACAAAAUAUGGACAGAGAAAAURCUCAGGCAAUGAACAUGCAGGAAGGGCAAGGACAAGAAGGGCAAGGACAAGAAAGGCAAGGACAAGAAGGGCAGGUACAGGAAGGCUUAGAAGGAAGGGAAGGAGGUCAAGAAUUUCGUUUACCGCAGCAAGAUGAGGARCCUGGGCAACAAGGMAGCAAUCAAUUAGCAGCGUAUCCACAAGAAGGCGAACCAGGAGAUCAACAAGCUGGCCAAAUGCAAGAACAGCAGCCCAGUCCUGAGCAACAGCAACAGCAAGGAGAWGCAGAAGGAGGCUUCAUGAUGAAAGAAGGUGGACAAGAACAAAGCUAUAAAGGAGGYGAUGAUUCUAGAGAAGCUUAUCAAAAAGGUGGCGAGGACACAAGAGAGGGWUACCAGCAAGGAGGAGAAGAAAUGCAGCCACCGCCCGAUGCMUCUUUACAUGGAAUUGAUGGAGGAUCCAUUGCUAAUAUAUUCGGCGAUUCCAAUAAUCAAAACGGCCAAGAUGCACAGUCACUGAUCAGAGAAGGCCAAAGUAUCACAAGCUCUGAUGCUGCACAACUAGCAGAAGCGAUAGCAAAUGCAAAUAAAGGACUCAAAGGAUUYAAAAGUUUGUCAAGUGCUGCAAGUGAAAAUUCUGGAGCAUUAAGUUUCACGGGAGGWGAGCCACCUGGUCUAUCACCGGAUAAGAAAGAAGACAAUGAAGCCCAGGGAGGGAACAACAUGCUAUUUCCUGAAACGCAAAGCUACAGCAACGAAUUUCCAAACAGUCCACCUUCCAAAUGGUCAAGUGCUAUGGGUAUGGAAGGUAAUUACGACAAGGGMCCCGAAUUUGGCCCAGAACAAGAAUACCACCAUGAACAACAGGCGUACCAUGAACGUGAAGACCAGCCGCAUUUCCUUCAAGCUAAUCAAUUCGAGCAUCAAACACCUAAAUAUUGCACUGGAUGUCCUAGGAAUUCUCGUUGUAUAGAUAAAGUCUGCAUCAUCAAUGGCGACGAACCGCUUGCCAGAAUACUUGGGGCUCUUUCUGGUCCAGAAAAUGAAACUGACSACUGCAAAGGAUGUCAUCAUCACGCGAGAUGCGUCAAAAAGGAAUGUAUUUGUAAACCUGGAUUCAAUGGAAAUGGAACAGAGUGCAAAGCGGACAGCUGUCUUCGAGGCUGUAGCAGGCAUGGCAAGUGCAUUCGAGGUUUCUGCGUAUGUGAUCAYUCUCACUACUUCAAUGGAGUUGAAUGUGCACCGUAUAAGAUAUCCCAGACGGAGUGUCCCCAAAUAUGUAAAAGUCAAUGCCUGCCACAUUGUCCAGACAAAUGCUGUAAAACACCAACCUCUCCGUCCACAAAUGGAAAAAAAGAAUCSUCUGACACAGCUUCCGCAUUUUUCCUAAAACCAAGUUACAACCAAGCUGUUGACGUCUUCCACAAGCAUCCAUCCCAUGGAAAAGAUAUCGACCAACAGAAGCCAACUGAAUCAAGCCUUGCACAAAUGGACCGUCCGAAUACAACUCCURUAAAGACUACAAGUACCGUAACACCAACGACCAGUAGGCAAGAUARACCAGCUCAACCAAGUUUAAAAGUAAACCAAAUGGAUUUCUUGAAAUCGAUUGCUGAGAAAUUCUGCCCGCCACAAUGCCAGAAGAACUGCAAUAGUGGCUGUCCUCCAGUUUGCUGCGAUAAGAAAACACUGGCAUCAAUUCUGACAGGCUCUCCUGGCACGUCUAUAGUUGAUAUGAGCAAAGCUGAAGAUGUCUUUAGAAAUGCAAUGGGUUGGUUCGGUAUGAUGAACCUGAUACAUAUGAUGUACACAAUGUAUGGGAAGAAUUAUAAACCCAACUUAGGUAUAAAAUUACCAGGAACACCAUCAAAAAACUUGGUUACUCCAAAACCAACCCCUUCAAUGGACACAUGUUCGCCAAUUUGUAGAAAGGAGUGUCUUCUGAGCUGCCCCACAAGUUGCUGCGCGGCGAAUGCCACAAAGAGAACAAAUUCUAAGCCAGCCAACGUUAUAAAGCCAGUCACUGCGAAAACACAAGCUCACCCACAAGCGUAUCAACAGGYACACCCACAGGCACGUUCUCAAGCGCAGUCACGUCCACAAACUUACCAACCACCCAUACCACAGACUUACYAUCCACAAAAACGUCCUCAGGCGCAGGUACAUCUGCAAUUGCCCAAAUCAGAGACCAAAGCGGCUCUAGGAAUUACUAGAUGUCCGUUUGUGUGUUCUCGGCAAUGUCUGCCUCUAUGCCCCAAAUCGUGCUGCAAGCUGCCAACGUCGAAAAGCAUCAUUAACACAAAGCGCUGCAAGCCAGGAUGCUCCCCCAAAUGUUAUCCUCAAUGCAGCGAAUAUUGCUGUAAAGCUUUAUCUAAACAAACUGCCAUCUCCAGAACUACACAAGCACAGAACAGAGCCAUUUCUCCACUGACACAUACUUGUCCUGCAGCAUGCCCGAAAAGAUGCUACCCGAGCUGCACAAACGAUUGCUGUUCAUCGAAAUACAUAGCCAAGUCAACAGAGAAUCGUGGACAAUACUAUGUUAAUAUAAGAUGUCCAAAUGAAUGUAGACCGUUUAAUUGCUUAUCAUAUUGUCAUCAUGAAUGCUGUCUUAGAAAAAACUCUAUUUCACGCAGUCUGAAAGUGAAAUCAUUGAUAGCUUCGAAACCUAAAAAACCUUCCUCUUAAUCAAUUUUGACCAGAAAAGUGAUGCAAUGUGUAUAGGGAUAUGUUCACUAAGAAACUGGUUGUACGAAGGUUAAAUUUCUACCGGACAAAUCAUUACAGGGGAUAAAAUCCCAACAAAAUCGAUGGAGCAAAAAAACAUUAUCCGCCUUUCGUAUAACCAGACCCUGUUCUCUAAUAAUUAUAGAACUAUUCAUUAUAUUUCUUUUGGACAGAUAUAUGCAAAUGCACUCUUGAAUUUUGAUCUUUGUCAGAUGAUUUUAAAAUUUUCUAAUAAUUAUAGAAUUAUUGAAUAGAAUUCUAUUGGACAGAUAUGUGUAAAUGCACUCUUGACUUUUGAUCUUUGGGAUAUGAUAUUAAGAGGUCAAAACAUAACAAGAAAUAUGAUCCUUGGUUACAUCUAGUUUCUAUUUAGAAAUAAUUGUUAUAGAAUUUGAGUGCUGAGCUCAAGUAUUCAAACGUUGAAAGUGUAUGGAUAUUUUUCGUAGAAAAUUUCAAAAUAUAUAAAUAUGUAACACUAAUUAUACGUAGAGUUUUAGGACAGCUCAAAAGAUGCUAUAUAUAUGUAUCCUAUUUAUAAGGGCGGAUCAGGCUAAUUGUCUUUAAGCUUGAAAAACCUUUUUAAAAUAAACAUCGAUUUUUUAAAAGUA